AUGCGUCAGCAUUGGGUGCUUCUGCCCCUGCUUGGCGCCCUCGUCGGCGCUGAGCCAUACGACGAAGAACACGACUACGAUGGCAACCUCGUCAAGAGGCAGACUCCCUCGGCCGCUUCGUCGACAACGGACGGCAUCUCCAUCUCCCUGACCGCCACCACCACAUCAGAUGCUUCGACGACGGAAGAGGCAACGGCGACGACCAGCAGCGGCGGCGACGACGACGACGACGAAGACAACACCAUCACCAUCACCACCACGGUCGGCGGCGACGGCGGCACCAGCCUAAGCACCAAGACGAUUGACAAGACGACGACGGUGACCAUCGUCCAGACCUCGACCGACUUUGCCACCACCACCGUCACCAGCGAGGAUCAGCAGACGGCCACCAGCACCAUCUACGAGACGACCACCACCUGGGUCAACAGCAAGAGGGACCUGGGAGGCGACGUCGCCACCAGCACCGCCGCCCCCGCCCAGGUCGACGCCGCUCCUACCGCCACCGUGACGGAGACUGCCCAGAUUCUCGAACCCACGCCUGCCGACGACGUCCAGAGGCUGGCCAAGCGCGCCACCGUGACGGAGACGGAGACGGUCACGAGCGACGGCGACGUGUCCUCGGGCGUCACGAGCGUCACCCGCACCCUCACCACCACCACCACCACCCUGACCACGACGACCAAGACGGUCACCGAGACUGAGCAGGCCAAUGCCAGUACCACGGUCAAGGUCACCAGCACGCUGACUGUCACGUCGACAUCGGUGGCGACGGGCAUCACGAGCGCUACGGCCACGUCCAGCUCCGAUUCGGAUACCAGCAGCGACAGCAGCAGCAGCGGCGGCGGCGAUGACGGCAGCUCCGGUCUGUCGACGGGUGGAAAGAUCGGCAUCGGAAUUGGUGUCGGUAUCGGUGCCCUCGUCGUCCUCGGUCUCCUGCUCUUCUUCUUCCUCCGCCGCCGUCGUGACCGCGGUCCCAAGCCGGACCACGACGACCUGAUUGGUGCCUCGGAGGUUCCCGUCGGUGCCGGCGGCGGCUCCGGCGGUGCUGCUGCCGCCGGUCUCCCCACCCGCCACAACACCCCCAUGACGCAGACCGCCUCGGGAGCCGGCACCUCGCCAGAGGGCUACCGCGGCACUGCCAUGGGCGACGGCCGAGCCGGAUACGCCAAGCCCGACCCCUACGGCGCGACCUUUGCCACCAGGGCCUCCCACCACAGCAAGAGUCCGGUCAGCGCCCUCAGCGGCAGCGGCGGUGCCGAUUACCUCCCCGAACACACCUCCCCCUCGGAGAUGCACGCCGUCUCCGUCACGGAUCCCUCGUCCGGUGUGAGCGAGCUCCCCAACGAUGCCAGUCCCGCCCGCUGGCAGAACCCCAACGCCGCCGAGAUGGAUGCUCAACCUGCCAUGUCUCACCAGAGCGGUCCGGUGUUUGAGAUGCCGACUGAGAAUUACCGAUGA